UGACGUUUUAAAAGCAGCAUCACACUUCCUGUCCAGCCGCCAUCGGAAAGCUGCAGCCAUGGCCCUGCGCUACCCCAUGGCCGUGGGCCUCAACAAAGGCCACAAAGUGACGAAAAACGUCAGCAAGCCGAGACACAGCCGCCGCCGCGGGCGCCUCACCAAGCACACCAAGUUCGUGCGCGAUAUGAUCCGGGAGGUGUGCGGCUUCGCGCCCUACCAGCGGCGUGCCAUGGAGCUGCUCAAGGUGUCCAAGGACAAGCGAGCACUCAAGUUUAUCAAGAAGAGGGUGGGCACGCACAUCCGCGCCAAGAGAAAGAGGGAGGAGCUGAGCAACGUGCUGGCAGCCAUGCGGAAGGCGGCGGCCAAGGAUUGAUGACCCCUCCCCCAAUAAAAGAUGGUUCUUAAAAAAAAAAAGAAAAGAAAGAAAGAAA